AUGAAUCCUUCUACCGGCACUUCUUCUCCGUUUGGAAGUUUUCCGACGCAAAAAGACCUCAUAGAGAGUUCUGUUCGAUCCGCUCUCAGCACACAGCAAGUAGUCACAUUUCUGAUGCAGGUGGACGAGAAUCUCUCCGAUGAGCACCUUAUGGAUGGUCUCCGUCGCUGGCGAAAUAUCUUUGGCCAAGGUGGCGCCGAUUUGAACCUUCAAAUCAACUGGAUGAAAUACGAAAAAAAGCUAAAUAAUUUUUUCCAUUCUUUUGUCCGCGAACGAUGGCGUGGCGGAUUGUCGAUCUUGUUGCAGCUGAUCCACAACAUGUGCCAUCCGAUUCGAUUCGUGGGUGACGACUGCAUCGACGAGGGCGGCACUCUACUCCAAAUUGGAGAGCACUUCGAUUCGCAUAUGAUUUCGUUCUUUGCUGCAGCGCUUCUGAGCUGCGAAAAGAGCUACUGGGAGAAGGAAAACAAGACAAUGCUGAAGGGAGAGUCAAUUUCCGCGAUUCUGCUCUAUCUAAUUGAGAAAUUCGACGAAAUUGGCCACAAAGAAGGCUGGAUUUCGCUCUUGUUCAAUCAUUUUUGGGUUGUCUCGCCAGAAGUCUUUUGCACGGCGCUGGAGAAGUCGAACAGCGAGAUUCUUCCACCUCUUCUUGAGUUUAUUACAGAUCAAAUGACUGAAAACCCAGUUGGACUGAAGACAGACGACAGCGAUUGUGAAUUUCCCAUCGUCAUCUUGGAUAACAUCCGCGAGUAUUUUCUGCUCCACUGUAAUUGUAUUCUUUUGCCAGGGCCUACUAAUAAAGAAUCAGGGAACCGGGACAUGUCCAAAAGUAUCAUUUUCGAGGUGCUAAAAUUCAUCGCGCCAGCUUCAGCUCGCCACACUGCCUCUUUCGCGACGGAACCCAUGCUCGUUGCAAUUUGUGGAAUCAUGAAACGCUGCUGGGAAAUCAGCCAGAAUCCAAAGUACAAAGAUGAGCUCAGGCCUCGAUUGCAGGACGGUGGAGAGCUUCCACAGCGAUCAGCCUACAUCGAGAUCAUGUUUGAGAUUUGGAAGAACACUGUCCGAAUUCUAGCCAACAUUUUAGGCCACCAUGAGAGCGAACACAAGAAAGAGAUGCAAGAUGAAGUACGCGCUCUCGGGGCGAUUCCAGCUGUCCUGGCCGCUGCGGGCACUCUUCAUACUAAUCAGAUUCGACCCUGGGCGAUUCAGGCAAUCGAUCAGUUGACGAAGAACAAUCUGGAGAAUCAGGCUGAAAUCAGCUCGUUGAAGAACAUGGGGAAAGUAGACCACGACGAUGUUACUGUUGAUCGCGAGGAUGGCAAGUUCCAUUUCAAGAGAAUUCAACUUGACAAGAAAGAUGCGAAGAAAGAAAUCAUUCAAUGA